UGCGCUUGUCAUUGGGGGGCUGCUAGACCCCGUUCCAGCUCAUAGACGUCGACUUGUUGUUGAUGACCAGUGGCCAGUUGACUUUGUGACCCUGGGACGUACGAACGCCAUUGUGGAUUAGUUAAUAACCAACGGCAACAUGACGACGUACACCGAUAAAGGCCCUAAACCUCCGGCAGGAAAAUUCCUCCACUUUGAUCACUUGACCUUUUGGGUUGGAAACGCCAAACAGGCGGCUUCGUACUACUGCACUCGUAUGGGCUUCACUCCGGCUGGUUACCAAGGUCUCGAGACUGGUUCAAGGAAAGUGGCUGCCCACCUUGUCGCCCAGAACAAAAUUCGCUUCGUCUUCAAAUCUGCGUACGAACCCAACGAUGACUCGGAGAUGGGCCCGCAUUUGGUGCGACACGGCGAUGGCGUCAAAGACAUCGCCUUCAGCGUCGAAGAUCUCGACGCCAUUGUUCAGGCGGCCAAGGACCGCGGUGCCAAAGUCGUCCGUGACAUUUGGCAAGAAGAGGACGAAUUCGGUUUCGUCCGUUUUGCCACAGUUCAAACGUAUGGCGACACUACACAUACCUUUGUGGAACGAGGCAACUACACCGGUUUCUUCCUGCCCGGCUACAACAAAAUCCCAGUCAGCGAAGAUCCUCUACUUUCGACACUACCUACGAUCAAUUUGAAUUUCAUCGAUCACGUUGUGGGAAAUCAACCGGACUUGCAAAUGGAGUCGGCAGCUGAAUGGUACACUCAAAAUUUGAUGUUUCAUCGAUUCUGGUCGGUCGACGACUCUCAGAUUCACACGCAAUACUCUGCCCUGCGUUCCAUCGUCGUCACCAAUUACGAGGAAACCAUCAAGAUGCCCAUCAACGAACCGGCCAACGGACUGAGAAAGAGCCAAAUUCAGGAAUACACCGACUACUACGGAGGCGCCGGAGUGCAGCACAUUGCGCUCAACACUUCCGACAUCAUCACGGCCAUUCGCAACUUGAGGAAGCGAGGCACUAGUUUUCUCACCGUCCCCGCCGCCUACUACGAUCAACUCCGCGUGAAAUUGGCCGAAUCCCCCGUGAAAAUCAAGGAAGACUUGAGUGUCCUUCAGGAGCUCAACAUUUUGGUGGAUUACGACGACAACGGCUACCUGUUGCAAUUAUUCACCAAACCCAUGCAAGAUCGACCCACCUUGUUCUUGGAGGUCAUUCAGCGUAACAACCACCAGGGUUUCGGAGCGGGCAAUUUCAAGGCUCUUUUCGAAGCCAUCGAGUUGGAUCAAGACGCCCGCGGUAAUCUGUAAAAAAGUGUUUUGCGGUCGUCGAGAGACAAAUCUUCGUAGUCUGGAAAUUCCUGUAAAAGUAGUGAUUUUUUUCGUAUACUCUUCCGCUAACUCAACUGCUGUACUCUCCAAUCAACCUGUUAAUGACUCGGAUUGACACAAAUAUACUCACGAAAUUUUGAAAACGGA